AGUGUCGCAUCAUGGGUUGUACCUGGCGAUGCUACUAUGCAGUAGUAAUGAGCUACUGUGCAGUAAGCAUCUCGUGUAGACAUGGCCACUAAGUGGAUAAGAGAGCUAGUAUAAAAUAAGAACUUUUUUUGAUAGCAUGUAUAAUGUGAUUUCAUGUCAUAAAUUUCAGGCUACCAUUCCUGUGUAAUUGAAUUCCCUUCUACUAUUGUCUAUUUUGAUAGACAAGCUUCUUCCUGCUUCUCCAGGGAAAACAAGGAGUAGACAAGGCAGGACACAUUUCUAAUAUGGAGUUAAUUGUCACUUGCUGAAUUGAAAUUAAAGCUGUAUACCUGAUAAUAAGCCACCUAACCUAGAUCAUUCACUGAGAUUACAUAAGGAGAUGACCUAAUCAUAGUGCUGGGAAAUUCACACCUCCGCAUCCUCCUGGUAGAUUUAUCAAAGGGUAGCACAUACAUAUCUGAUUCUAUCUGCCAUCUUUAGCAUAAGCAGUGAACACAGAAUCUGUGUUCUGCCUUUGGUUACCAUGCUACUUUCAGUGACUCAGCGCAUGUAACUGCGAGCAUCUUUCAGCCCUGAGAUAGUAGUGGAUAAAUAAGGAAGUAUAUGAUAUACUUCCCUUCACAUAAAUGUCUCAAUUCAUAUCUGGUAUCAUUCCACUUAAGUAAUGUUCUCAAGGUGUUGACCAAUCUAAACAGGAAGUGUUGUUAUAGCAAGAAGCUAUAGCAAAAACCAGCUGGGAGCGUGUGAUAAGAAAGCAUGCCUGCCCUGCAGCCCAGCAGAAGUCCUAUUUAAAUCUGAUGUUGAGUACUUAAGUGGGGCUAUUUGUACUAUAUGCUAACAAUGGCAUAAUAAUUGUACAAAGCAGUGCUGCUCAAACUUUUGUCCCAUGGAUCUGAUAGGAAGUGCCCAGUCUAUCCAUGGGCCAGAUCCAGCCAGUGAGCCCAAUCCAGUGCAUGGGAUGGGCGAAGUGGGACCUGUUCUGGCUGUGUUGGGGAGGGAGCAUGGGCCAGCUCCCUCCCCCACCACUAUUUUUGGGGGAUAUUUUAAUAUUAAUUCCCACCACUUCCCCUGCCAAAUUUCCCAACUCGUGGGAAACCCCACAGGCUGGAUGCCAUGGCUGCAUGGACUGGAUUUGGCUCAUGGGCAGACAUAAAAAGGACUGGUAUAAAGGACAUACAUAGGCCUCUUCACAAGGUAUGUUUCACUCUUUCCUGCAGUCACAAAUAUUUGAAAGUGUUAGGAAAUGGAAAGUAUUACAAAAUUAUUCCAUUGUAAACUGAAGAUAACAACACUUACUUUGCUCUGUCAAUGGGGUUACCCCAGGUAUAUACCCAUUGGCUGAGACUCUAUGCUAUGCCUUCUACUAGAGCAGUAAUAGAUUCUCAACCUUAUUAGACUGAAGACAGUACUCAGAAAACGCCUGCUCUUAACCCUCAUUCAUUUUGUGACAAUGGAAAAUAAUAAAGUAAUUCUUGUGUUGCAAAGAACUCAGAAAGACCAUGACAUGUCUGAAUGUUUUUGAUACUGUGGAUCCCUAUUUAAAAUCUCUUGGUUUAUCUUGUAAUACAUGUGUAGGUGUUUCACACUGAACAGAGCUAAUAUUGAGUGGCACCCCUAAACCGAAACCUUGUAGCACCCAGAGUUGAAAAUUGCUGCCCUAGAAGAACAACAAAGAAGUUGUAGCUUAUGGGACGGAGGGUAACUUGGGGUUGUAUGACUUGUAUACCAUUCUCAUUUGGAGCACUGCCAGGGGCAAGAGCUGUUCCUUAAUGUAUAUUAGAGCAGUCAAGGGUCGUCUAUCCAAAGUUGCAUAUGAAUUACUUAGCUAUGCUUGUUAUGUGGGCUUCUUUUCCUGCGGCUUCUCCCCACACAGGGCCAUUGUUAAUUGUCUCUGCAGCACCCACACUGGGGAAAUUCUCUAGGUGGUUGCGAGUCACUUUUAUGUUGCCACAGCAGAAUGGAGAGCCCAUAGUAAAAGUUAGAGUUCCACUGAGAUUCUUUCCUAGAGAAUACAAGUGGGAGAUAAGAGAGGUAAAAGGGAAUUACAAAAAUGACAAAGGUAAAGGAAAAGCAAGAAAAGACUGACACAACUUUAAGGAUAGUAAACUGUUAAAUGUAAUGAAAUGCCUUAAUUUAAAUUCACUUCGAUAAUGUUACUACAUUGUGUUCCUGGUAGAAAUACAGAUGCUGAAAGGAACAGAUGGGCAUGAAAAACUGACUGAAAGAGCACCUCUAGUAGCAAAAUAGAAUGAAGACCACAUGUCAUAUGAUCUUGACCCACAACAAAAUGUUAAAACAAGGAGUCCCUGCAGUGUGUGAUGUGGAGGAAGUUAGUCAGAGGAAAGCUGGAGGUGAAGAAAAGGGGAAAUUUAUUUGCAGAAAAGGAAAGGGGCAGGGCAAGAUGGGAAGUACAGAGACUCUGAGCAGCUUAUAUAGAGAAGAAUGCCUCACCAUUAUCACUGCUUCAUGGCCUGACUGGGAUUAACCAUCAUCCAUUACAAUAUGUGGUCAAAGACCAUCACUGGAAACUUUGCUGGCAUGAUCCAUGGCUUGAAUGCAAGCCAGCUGACAGACCAAGUCCUUCGGAGAAGCAAGCGGAUGAUCCUGGACACCCUUGGAGUGGGACUACUGGGUAGCAGCACAGAGGUCUGCCACAAAGUAAUACACUACAGCAAGAUCUACAGCACCAAUACAUCCAGCACUGUUUGGGGUCACUCAGAUGUCAGACUCCCUCCUCUGUAUGCGGCUUUUGCCAAUGGAGUAGCUGUACACUCAAUGGAUUUUGAUGAUACAUGGCACCCAGCCACACACCCCUCUGGGACUGUGCUUCCUUCUCUAGUUGCUCUGUCAGAUACCUUGUCUGCAAAGAAAAAAAUCUCUGGCCUUGACCUGCUCUUAGCCUUCAAUGUAGGGAUUGAAGUGCAAGGCAGACUUUUACGAUUUUCCAGUGAAGCCCACAACAUUCCCAAAAGGUUUCAUCCACCGUCUGUGGUUGGUACCAUGGGGAGUGCAGCAGCUGUUGCCAAACUGCUAGCAUUUGACCAGUUUAAGUGUAAAGAAGCUUUGGCCAUUGCUGCUUCUUAUGCAGGAGCCCCAAUGGCUAAUGCAGCAACGCAAACCAAGCCUCUGCACAUUGGUAAUGCAGCUAGGCAUGGUCUGGAAGCAGCUUGCUUAGCAUCACUGGGUCUUCAAGGAAACAAGCAGAUACUGGACAUGGAGUCAGGGUUGGGUGCUUUUUAUGGAGACUACACCCCACAGGUUCUGCCACCUUUACAGUCUUAUUCCUGGCUGCUGGACCAACAAGAUGUAGCCAUCAAGCGCUUCCCUGCUCAUCUUGGAACACACUGGGUGGCAGAUGCAGCCUCUUCAGUGAGGAAGCACCUUGUAGGGAGUGACGAUCCACUCCCUGUUAGCAAAAUUAAGAAAAUCACGCUCAAAGUCCCAGAGGCUCAGUAUGUAAAUAGAUCAUUCCCUAACUCAGAGCACGAAGCCCGGCAUUCUUUCCAGUUUGCUGCAUGCACUGCUCUGCUGGAUGGCAGCAUCUCAGUCCAAUCAUUCAACCGUCAGAACAUUUUUAGGCCAGAGUUAAAGGAGCUGCUCUGCAAAACACAGAUGGAGCACCCUUCUGAUAACAAGCCCAGCUUCGAGAGCCUUUACUGUGAGGUAAGCAUUACCCUUCAGGACGGCGACAUGUUUAGUGAGCGUUGUGAUACUUUUUAUGGACACUGGAGGAAACCCCUGAGUAAAGAGGAUUUGGAGAAAAAAUUUCGCUCCAAUGCUUCCAGUGUUCUCUCACUGGAGGCUACAGAAGGCAUUAUAGAGACUGUGAAUCAUUUAGAAGAAGUAGAAGACUGCGUGGUGUUAAGUGAGUUUCUCAAAGGGACACAGUCAACACAAGAAUUUCCCCAAACAAUCUCCUUAUCUUGAAAAAUGACAAAUAUUUAUUGGGUUUCUGUAGUUACUGGUGUGUACGCUAAGCAUACAGAGUCAGGAAAAGGAAACUCCUCUCGAUGUUGGUAACAAAUUUGCACACCUGUAACACGAGCAACAUUUUAAAUCCAGUGUUAUAGCACUGGUUCUGUACCUGGCUUAAAGAUUGCUUUCUGCUCUAGAGCUAGCUGGAAAUUAAUGUGCUGGUAACUUCUACUUUUAUUAUCUUUAGAUUGGUACUCAGAGGACAUCUAUAGCCUCCCUAAAACUACCAUUGCUACUAACAACCGCCCUGUUGACAAAUACUUUGUUAUCACGGUGCCGUAAUAAAGCCCCUUGUAAGAAUUCUUCUUCUGCUAGAAAAUCUGGAAAUGUAGAUUGUGGAGAGGUAAAGCAGCCAAUAUCCUAAGGAGAGGAGCUAUUAAUAGAAGGACAAAUAGAGAAUAAGAAUUCUGGGAGAGGUUUUAUAGCAGUACAUCUCUGGGCAUCCAUUAAUGUGAAAGUGUUGAGAUUUGUGUAGAAAGAGAAACCCAAUGCAAAGUUGCAGAGGUUGGUAUCCACCAAGAAACAUCCUUGCUUCCCCAUCAAGAUUAGCCUUAUAUAGGUGAAGAUGACAAUAGUGCUCUCAUUCUAAUCAUACUAAUUAUAAAUAAUAAAAAAUAGGUGCUUCAUCUAAGCAAAGUGCUGCAAUACCCUUCAUUAAUGUAUCUUUUACUCUUUAGUUUCCAUAUCUGGUUGCUCUAAUGCAGGGGUGGGCAAUUAUUUCAGCUGGAGGGCUGUUUAAUGAGUUUGGUUGAGCUGUUGAGGGCUGCAACAGUAGCCCUACCUCUUGACAGGUGCUGGGCCCCUGGUCACCGUCUUGGAAUCUGAAGUCCUGCCCCCUAACCUCUGACCUUUGCCACUAGAAAUCCCUCCCCUUCCCCCUGGAAGUCCUCCUUUUGCCAUCUUGGAACUGGAAAAAAAACAAACAAAUCCUAUGCUAAAAGUCAAACAUCUGUUAUAAUGUAUUUUAAUUUUAUUUUUGUCCUGAUUUAUGUGUAUUCCUGUAGUGUAUAUAGAGGUGAUUGCAUAAUAGUUCAAAAAUAAAGUCAUACUCUUGUA